AUGCUGAGAUACCAGACCGUCCUUUGGACUUUCUCAUUGCUGUCUGUUGCAGCUGGAUCCGAUUUUAAAGCACGUAACUGCAGUGGGGUUAAAGAAGCUUCUAUUGCAAAAGGCUUCAGCUUUGAAAAUGUUCCUCUCCAACAAAUGUCAGGUGACCAUCUCCGGGUAUGUCCCCCGGGCAAUACCUGUUGCAGUUCAGAAAUGGAGGACAAGUUUGGCCAACAAAGCAAGCUGGAGUUAGAGAACCUGGUUGAUGAAACUAGUAAAGAAUUGCGAAGCACCUUCGUCUCCAGACAUAAAAAGUUUGAUGAGUUCUUCCUGGAGCUGCUGGAGAACACGGAGAAGUCCCUGAACGAGAUGUUCGUGCGGACCUAUGGCAAGCCUUACAUGCAGAACUCAGAAGUCUUCCAGAACCUGUUUGCCGAGCUGAAGCGCUACUACACUGGGGGCAACGUGAACCUGGAGGAGAUGCUCAACGACUUCUGGUCGCGGCUGCUGGAGCGCAUGUUCACGCUGCUCAACUCCCAGUACGUAAUCACAGAUGACUAUCUGGAGUGCAUCAGCAAGUACACAGACCAGCUCAAACCCUUUGGAGACGUGCCCAGGAAGCUCAAAGCUCAGGUUACAAGGGCCUUCAUUGCAGCCCGCACAUUCGUCCAGGGGCUCUCGGUUGGUCGAGAGGUGGCCAACAGGGUGUCCAAGGUGAGCAGCACCCCAGCGUGUAUCCGAGCACUGACCAAGAUGAUGUACUGCCCAUACUGCCAAGCCAUGCCCUCCGUGAAGCCCUGUAACAACUACUGUCUGAACGUCAUGAAGGGCUGCCUCGCCAACCAGGCCGAUCUGGACCCAGAAUGGAACCAGUACAUCGAUGCCAUGUUGCUGGUGGCACAGAGGCUGGAGGGACCCUUCAACAUCGAGUCUGUCAUGGAACCCAUUGAUGUCAAGAUUUCGGAGGCCAUCAUGAAUAUGCAAGAUAACAGUGUCCAAGUCUCCUACAGGGUUUUUCAAGGCUGCGGCCAACCAAAGCCCUCAGGAAUGGGCGGCAGGUCUACUCGGGGCGUCUCGGACGUGUUCAACGCCCGCUUCAGGCCCUACAGCCCAGAGGAGCGGCCCACCACUGCAGCUGGCACCAGCCUGGACAGACUGGUGAUUGACAUCAAGGAGAAACUGAAGCUGUUCAAGAAGUUGUGGUCCAACCUGCCUGAGGACAUCUGCCAGCCACACAGGGUGACAGCAGGGAAUGCCACCGAUGACGACCAGUGUUGGAAUGGGCACACCAAGGGCAGGUAUUUCCCAGAGGUUAUGAAAGACGGAUUGACCAAUCAGGUGAAUAACCCGGAGGUGGGCGUGGACAUCACCAGGCCGGACACGUUCAUUCGCCAGCAGAUCAUGGCUCUGAGAGUGAUGACAAACAAGUUAAAAAAUGCCUACAAUGGCAAUGAUAUCUACUUUCAAGACUCAAGUGAUGAGGGCAGUGGCUCAGGCAGUGGCAGCGGCUGCACGGAGACCUGCGUCACUGAGUUUGACUUUGCCAGCACCGAGGCACCGGUGGUGGGAGCAGACCGGAGCGGGAGCGGCCCGGUGGAGGAUUCAGCAGCAGCCACACAUCCUGCCCCCUCAGCAGCCCUGCUGGCCAGCCUGGCCCUCUCAGUCCUGGCACUGCACAGGCUAUGGAGAUAA